CCGGGGUCGAUCAGUCAGUGUACACACAGUAAAAAAACAUCAGUGUGUACCUCUAUUCAUUUUCUAUUCACAACGUGAUCACACGGACCACUGAGAGGGGAGUCUGAGGGUUUAUUCAGGAGGGAGAGACGCUUUGAUUACGGCACCGAGAGGACGUCUGUAAGGAUGAACUUCUUCAGAGGAGUGAUGGGUGGGCAGGGAGCCGGGCCGCAGCCGUCCGGAGCGGAGACGAUCCAGAAGUUGUGUGACCGGGUAGCCUCCUCGACGCUGCUAGAAGACCGCAGAGAUGCUGUCCGGGCUCUGAAGUCCCUCUCUAAGAAAUAUCGUAUGGAAGUUGGCACACAGGCGAUGGAUCACUUGAUUAACAUACUGCAAACUGACAGGUCUGACUCUGAAAUACUCGGCUAUGCUUUGGACACACUGUACAACAUCAUCUGCAAUGAUGAGGAGGAAGAGCAAGACGCAGUAGCCCCUAUCCCUGCCUCAGGGAAGCAUAAGAAUGCUUCCGUGCCUGAUGAGGCGGCACAGAAGCAGGCAGACGACCUGGGAGCCCAGUUCACAGACCAGUUUGUUCAGGACCCCGAACAUGUGACUCUGCUUCUCACUCUGUUGGAGGAGUUUGACUUCCAUGUACGUUGGCCCGGAGUGAAGCUGCUGACUGCUCUCCUGAAGAACCAGGGCGUCCAAAUGCAGGGUAUCAUCCUGGUCAGCCCAAUGGGUGUGUCCAGAUUGAUGGACCUAUUGGCAGACUCAAGAGAAGUUAUUCGCAACGAUGGCCUGCUGCUGCUUCAACAGCUGACCAAAAGCAACGCGGCCAUUCAGAAAAUUGUGGCUUUUGAAAACGCCUUUGAGCGUCUUCUAGAUAUCAUCACAGAAGAGGGCAGCAGCGAUGGAGGUAUUGUGGUGGAGGACUGUUUGCUGCUGCUGCUCAACCUGCUAAAGAACAACAGCUCCAAUCAGAACUUCUUCAAGGAGGGCUCCUACAUCCAGAGGAUGAAGCCCUGGUUUGAGGUUGGUGACGAUAACUCUGGCUGGUCUGCACAGAAGGUCACCAACCUCCAUCUAAUGCUGCAGCUGGUGCGAGUCAUGGUGUCUCCAGUGAACUCUCCUGGAGCUACAGCAAGCUGUCAGAAGUCCAUGUACCAGUGUGGUCUGCUGCAGCAGCUGUGCACCAUCCUCAUGGCCACGGGCGUGCCUGCUGACAUCCUCACUGAGACCAUCAACACUGUAUCAGAGGUCAUCAGAGGCUCGCAGGUCAACCAGGACUACUUUGCAUCUGUCAACGCUCCUUCAACCCCACCGAGACCGGCCAUCGUGGUGCUGCUCAUGUCCAUGGUGAAUGAGAGACAGCCGUUUGUGCUUCGCUGUGCAGUCCUUUACUGUUUCCAGUGUUUCCUGUACAAAAACCAGAAGGGACAGGGGGAGAUUGUGGCGACGCUGCUGCCUUCCACCAUCGAUGCUAAUUCCAUCUCAGCGGGCCAGCUGCUGUGUGGAGGCCUGUUCUCAGCUGACUCUCUGUCCAACUGGUGUGCUGCUGUGGCGCUGGCUCACGCCCUGCAGGACAACCUCACCCAGAAGGAGCAGCUGCUGAGGGUCCAACUGGCCACCAGCCUGGGAAAGCCCCCUGUCUCCCUGCUGCAGCAGUGCACCAACAUCCUCUCCCAGGGCAGUAAAGUGCAGACCAGGGUGGGCCUCCUCAUGCUGCUGUGUACCUGGAUCAACAACUGUCCAAUCGCUGUCACUCACUUUCUGCACAAUCAGGAAAAUGUUCCUUUUCUGACAGCUCAGAUCUCAGAGAACUUGGGAGAGGAUGAGAGGCUGGUGCAGGGCCUGUGUGCGCUGCUUCUUGGCAUCUGCAUCUAUUACAACGACAACUCGCUGGAAAACUACACCAAAGAGAAGCUAAAGCAGCUCAUCGAGAAGCGAAUUGGAAAGGAGAACUUCGUAGAGAAACUGGGUUUCAUCACCAAACAUGAGCUGUACUCGCGGGCGGCCCAGAAGCCGCAGCCCGUCUUCCCGUCUCCGGAGCAGAUGCUGUUUGACCACGAGUUCACCAAGCUGGUCAAAGACCUGGAGGGUGUGAUCACCAAAGCAGUUCACAAAUCCAGUGAGGAGGAGAAGAAGGAGGAGGAGGUGAAGAAGACGUUAGAACAGCAUGACAACAUCGUAACUCAGUAUAAAGAGCUGAUCAGAGAACAGGAUGCUCAGAUCCAGGAGCUGAAGCAGCAAGUAGCGUCCGCGUCGGCUCAGAACGAGCAGAUGCAGACAACAGUCACUCAGCAGCUGUCCCAGAUCCAGCAGCACAAGGAUCAGUACAACAUCCUCAAGCUAAAAUUAGGUAAGGACAACCAGAGCCAGUCUAACAGUCAGGGAGACGCCUCUCAGGUGAACGGGCUGCAGACGGAGGAGCUCACACAGCUCCGAGAGGAGGUGGAGGAGCUCCGCAAGCAACACACGCUCCUUCAGACACAACUCGGAGACAAAGAUGCACUCAUCAACAAUCUGAGGUCGGAGACAGCAGACGGUUCAGCAGGAGGAUCAGACAACACAGAACUGCUCAAGGAGCUGGAGGCUCUGAGGAGUCAGGUCCAGUCCCAGUCAGCAGAAAUCAACCAGAUGAAGACCGAGAGACAAGAGCUGCUCAGACGAGCUGAAGCGGGGUCCUCGGAUGCCGUCUCCAGCAGCGACGGCUCAUUAGACGCCGCCAAGAUGGCAGAAGUAGAGAGCAGACUCGCAGCACAGACAAGUGAAACAGAGAGACUCAAGGGGGAGGUAAAGAGUCUGUCAGAGAGCCGGGCGGAGCUGGAGCAGCAGCUGGCUUCAUCCACCAGCACGGUGGCAAUCCUGCAGACGGAGAAAGCCAAGCUGCAGACGGAGGUGCAGGAGUCCAAGAAGGAGCAGGACGACCUGCUGAUGCUGCUGGCGGACCAGGACCAGAAGAUCCACAGCCUCAAACAGAAACUCAAAGACCUGGGAGAGACGGUGGACGAUGAGGACGACCUCGACGCUCGGGACCAAACAGACGACGAUUACGAAGAGGACGAAGACGAGGACUGAGAAGAAAAAACACUGAAAGAAAAGAAAAGAAAAAGGAGACACGGGGGUUUAUUUGUGUCUGCCAACAGGCAAGAAAGAACUUUUCAGAAAGAAACACACCUGAGAAACUGAAGAAUAGGACUAAUAUAUUGAUGCAGUUUCUCUCUCCAGCUGCCAUGCUAUCUUCAUCUUUCUUUACCUUCUCGUCACGUCACAUGUACAUGUUAGUUAUCUGGACAUUUUCCUCUCCAAGGAUUCAGUUUUCAAUGACAGCGAAAAAAAAAAAGAUCUGAACAUGUCAGUGCAUUCAUCUCUGCUACUUUUCCCGGCAGCU